ACUUUCAUUCAUUAAUUUAUCUGUUACCAGUUUUCAUGUCAAAAACACAAUUUCAAUCGUGUUUAGUAUUGGAUCCCCUUCGCUUCAAAAAGAGAAUUAUAUAUUCAUUUUAUUUUGUGUACCAAAGAUAAACCCAUGGGGCUUUAAGAAAAACAAGGUCUUGACAUUUGUCUUUACAUUAAUUGCAAGUAAACCGAUCAAGACGGUAGUUACGCACAUAUCAAAGUGUGGCGAAGCAUGAUUGUGCAGAAGAGGCAUUGUGUAUGAGGAGGUGCGUUAAGUCCUUUAGGUCUGAAGAGAUUGGAAGAGAAGUGAUAGUUAGUUUGUUGGCAUUUCUUGCCCCCUAGUGCUCAAAUCAGAAACUGCAUCUGUAAGUGAGGAGGCUCAUUUGUAGGUAAAGACUCAAUAUGUUAAAUAUCGUGUUUAAUCUGAUGCAGCAUGUGUCACAACAGCAAGGGAAACCUUUCAAUGUUUAAUUUCACUAUUAUUUUGUAGUUUAUGUUUUGAGUACUAUACGAACUGGCUCUAUUGUAAUAAUGUUUUUAAUAUGCACCCACACCGCCCUCAGCUAAAGUUUCUAAUGUAUUUAUACAUUAUAUACAGUUAUUGAUGCAUACAGGGUUUCCAUGCAGCUCUCCCCAGAGGUUGAUAAAGUAAUGUAUCAUUUAUAUUCAGAAAGGUAAUUUUCCAUAAAAAAAAACAUUGGUGGUGCAGCAAAAUGGAAAUAUAGGCACACACACUAAACAAUAUAUAGACAUUAAACACACAAUACAAAAAAAGAAAACUCCAGAAUGAAAGGUGUUACAACAAAUCAACGUAUAAGUGUAGUUAAAGAAAUCUAAAGAAAAUAUCUCCUUGAGUUUUUUAAAAUGGAUAAAUAAAUUAAACGUGCAUGUUGUUGCUGUCAGAGCAGAAUGGUUUAGAAUUACUAGUUGUGUUAUCAGAUCCAUUUGUGGCCGGAUGGAUUGGUGUCUGCUUGGUCAAUGGGGUCAUUGAUUUGAUGGGACAGUGCUUGUGCAAGUCAUGCUGAAACUGGUAUUGUAGUCCGUCUUUUUACUAAAAUAAAAUAAUCAAAUCAUUUAGCAUCAUGUUUGUUUGAUAGUUUAUGUCGAACUUAUCUGUAAAAAAAAAAGUACUAUCUUCUUCUUUUAGAAAAAUAAUAUUUUCUUACUCAUAUAGCUAAUGGAAAUCAGGCAAAACACGGGUAAUAUCACGCUGAAGUGUAAUUCUCAGGUAGAAAAAGAUUUUUAGUAGUUUCCAACAGUAAUCAUACUAUCAAGUGUUUUACUACUCAAUCUUCUGCGUCACUUCCCCAAAAACAUGGCUACUUAUAAAACCAUUUUCAACCAUAAUUAGAUAUCUUUAGAUAUUCUUGGUCCCCCAAUCAGCUCAUAAGCAAUAAUAUGUCCAGUCAAUUUAUUUAUUUUAUUUAUUAAUAUAAGUUUUAUAUUUGUCAGAUCCUCAAGUAUUUUGCUUCUUUACAGAUGCCGAUUAACAAAUAGAUGGCAAAAAAAUCAGUAGAUGGAAAAAUAGCCUCACGGUAAACAUAAACACACCAGCAUAUCAUUAAACAGAACUACAUAAAGACUGAUUAAGCCAAUCCAAUGUUUGCAGAUUGGCUCAUGAUGUUUAUAACAAAAGAAAAUGUACUGUCUUACGUAGAUAUGCAGCUACACUCAGGCUUUCCACUCUAAAUAAAUCAUCCAUGGUUGGUUUUUAAAACAUCCUCCUGCUCUUUAGCUUAGCGAUAAUGUACUCUGUGUGUCAGACAGAAAGAUGUGGUGCAUGCGAUGGUCGGGAAUGGAGAACAAAUGAGGAUUUGAGGAGGGUGGUUGAAGGGGCUUCCGCUGCCUGCCUGUCAUUGGCCAGGCAUGACGGCAUUCUCCCCCGAGACUCCCUCCUCCAUCCAUCCUGUUCUCCUCUCUGCUCUCAUCCCCCCUCCCUCCAUCUGUGUGCAACUCCCUCCCUCUCCUGCUUAGCAGUCGCUAUCCACAUCACAACAGGAGCAUAAGCUAUAGCGUUAGCAAUCUGGACCUGUUUUUUUACCAUUUUUUUCCUCUUCAUCUGUACCUCCCAUGGAUGCUUUCCGAGAGCUUCUCACCCACAGUUCUUCAUUCUUUGUCUUCUCUACCUGCUAUUGCUCUACCUCGCUGGCUAUGCAUUUCUUCAACACGCUACCUCUGUCCACCACCCAGACCUCUGCAAUGGAGCCGCCCCUGUUAGCUGCUAGCCGUUAGCUGUUAGCAUAACAAAGAGAAAGUGAGAGGUAGAGAAAGCGAGGAAGGCUGAGAGAGAGAAAACGAGAGAAGCCGUGGACAGGAAACACUGUGUGGUUUCUUUGCAUCGCCUCACCCCAGCUGCUGGCCAGGACCAUCACUCUUGAUAGCACAACAUACACACUUAGCCUCACAGUUGAGAGGCAGAAGUGACUUUCCAUUUGAAGGAGCUGACUCCCAUCUAAAGGAUCUACUGACCGAUACAGACCGGAUGCCUGGCUGCUGCUGAUGAAAAUCUGCCGGAGGGACAGACAGACAGACAUUGGGGUCCAUGCUGGAGCUGAUGACUGGACUGUGCUUUUACUGCUCUAUGUGGUUUGGAUCUGGUCAGACUUCAGAUCAGAGGGUUAUUUCAGUGAAGAGCAAAGACACAGGGAGGCUAUCGUGAUACACUUUCAUGCAUCAUUGGCUUACAUCUGACGCAACAAGUUCAGCAUCCACUGAGCCAUAAACGAACACAAAUGCAUCAUCAUCUCCUGAAGGCAGAAGAGUGCCAUCCACCCAUGCAAACAGACCACAUCUCGUCUGCUUCUGCCUCGUCAUCAGGACCGCUGGCUCAGGCUUAGACUGGGGCUCCUCAGAUAAAAGGAUUCAUACUGUUAUUUCAGGCCUUUCUGCAUUUCAAAGAAAGCUAAAAUCCUGCGCUUUGAUGUUUCGUCUCACAUGUUUCGUCUCACACGCCGAGCCUUGAGCAUUAAGGCCACUCGGUUGCGCAGACAGAGGGAGAUUUUCUCUCCAUCUUUGAACUCUUACCAACGAAGGAAAAAUAAAAAAGGUGGAGUACUCAGCCAUCGCUGCUGUUUGCCUGAGCAGCGGUCCGCCUGAGCAGCGGUCCACGUGUUGAGCAGCUUUGUUGCUUGGCAACAGCGUACUGGAUUGGAAUUGGUUGGGGGAGUUUGGCACGGGACGAUGAGAGUGGGUAGUGUGACUGGAUUUCAAAGGGAAUCUGGCAUCAGGUAGCAUUAUGCCGAAAGCAGCGUCAACACAUCAUUUUCUGACUGUUAUUUCGUGGCACCUCGUUACCGGGCUCUGACAGUGGUACAAGCUGAGUGGCCUCCACUGACGCCUUGUCCACUAAAUUCUGUGUUGCCUCUUUGAACUGGAUCAAUGUUAACGAUGCAUGCCUUGGAUGCCUGGUGCUGUCUCUGCUGAGUGGCUGUGUGUGUGUUCCCGUGAUCGUCUCUUCUUUCCGAGCUGGCGUCCUGAACAUCAGUCUGUUGUGACACUGACAUUAUCGGCAUCUCUUCUAAGACGGUAGAAGAAGACAGCGACCUCGAGACGGAUCUCGGCUCCCCUAAGUUGAACACAGUCUGCUCCCAGUGCAGCUGUCCUCAAACUCCAAGAAACCCACUGGGACGUUCGGACGACACGCUGGAGUCAUCUGCCACCCUGGCCCCGGAGCGGGACCGCCCCUCUCCCUCACCCUGCCCCACCCCGCCUCCAUCCCCUCCUCCCUCCCCUUCCCCCAUGCCUGCCUUGACCACGCGUCUGCCCCUUCCAGCAGUGCGCAGGGCGGUGGAGGAGGGAGAGGGAAAGUCGGAUGAGGGGGCCCAGAGCAGUCAGGCCUCAGAAGACUCGUACUGCAAGGUGAUGGAUCUCCUUGGGAUGGGACACCGGCUCUUCGUCCCUAAGUUGCUGGCGACGUCUAAAGAGGACCUCUUGCAGGCGGACUUUGAAGGGGCUCUCAAGUUCUUCAGAGUCCAGCUUCCAAAGCGCUACAGAGCUGCAGAAAACGCCCGCAGGCUUAUGGAGCAGGCCUGCAACAUCAAGGUUCCAACGAAAAAGCUGAAGAAGUUUGAGAAAGAAUAUCUGACACUGAGAGAGAGCCAGCUGCAACAAGAAGACCCCAUUGACCGAUUCCAGAGGGAGAACCGUCGUCUCCAGGAGGCCAGUAUGCGACUGGAACAGGAGAAUGACGACUUGGCCCAUGAACUGGUCACCAGCAAGAUAGCCCUUCGGAAUGACCUGGACCAGGCAGAAGACAAGGCCGAUGUUUUGAACAAAGAGCUGCUGAGCACCAAGCAACGUCUGGUGGAGACAGAGGAGGAGAAGAGACGACAGGAGGAGGAGACCGCUCAGCUGAAGGAAGUGUUCCGGAGGGAGCUAGAAAAAGCAGAGCUGGAGAUCAAGAAAACCACGGCGAUCAUAGUUGAAUAUAAACAGAUCUGCUCCCAGCUGAGCACCAGGCUGGAAAAACAGCAGGCGGCAACAAAAGAAGAGCUGGACAUUGUCCGGUGUAAAGUGAUGGGCUGUGACCACUGUAGGGACCUGUUCACAACGCUGGGGUCCCUUCAGGCUUCGUCCCCUGGCAGAGACAGGACGUCCACCGAGCCGUUGGACGAGGAGAAGGACGGACUGAAGGAGCAGCUGAGGCACCUGGAGCUGGAGCUGGCACAGACCAAACUGCAGCUGGUGGAGGCCAAGUGUCGCAUGCAGGAGCUCGAGCACCAGCGGGGAUUACUGAUGAACGAGAUCCAGGCGGCCAAGAACUCGUGGUUCAGCAAGACUCUGGGCUCCCUGAAGAGCUCUUCCUCCUCUUCCUCCAGCUCCACAUCCCAGACCCCCUCCUCUCCAAAGGACGGCCCUGCCUAGAGGACCCUCCCUCCAUCGCUCAUUCCCCUGCAGGAUGCACAUUAGAGCUGAGGAACACAAGUUGAAGAAACAAGCAGCAGAGAAAUGCAGUAUUCCUUUUUCCCCAGCCGCUGGCACAGCAGAGCUCACCAGCUACUUGGACUGCAUAUAUCUGAACGCAUGAGGAGGAAACGGGCGGAGGACUGGACCUGCCACCUGUCUUUCCCAAACUGUUUCUCCUUCACUGGUAAUGUGACGGGAGACGGUGCAUUAAUCAGUGAGGCUUGACGACCACUGAAUUCAAAUUUCAGUGUUUUUUUAAUUUUAUUUUAUGUUCAGUUGUUGCUGACACUGUUUUGUUGAGAUCUCAUUAUAGGAGAGCUGAAUUAACACAUACGAUGGCGUCCCUCAUGCAGGUGAAUCAUUUAGCUCCACCUUGUGACCAGAUAAUGCUACUGCAGUUAUAGUCAAUUUAUAUGUACGAGAUUAUGUUUUAGGUAGCAACAUUCAGUCUCACAAUUUGAACAAUAUUUCAGUGAUAGUGAUAGAGCUCCAGACGCAGAGAUAUUAUAAGUGUGCCGAAUAGAAAUAUUAGUGAUCUACAUUCACCGUCUUCAUCGCAGCAAAAACUCUGAAAAAAGGAAUACUGCAUUCAGUCUUAAAGGUCGACACAAAAGGUUGUAUUUCUUUAUAGUAAUAUAACGUAAGCAAUGUUGUCAUAUAAAUAUGUAUAACUAAUUAUUGAUUUUUGUAAUAAUCUUGUACAGUUCUUUAAGAGAAGAAAAAAAACACAAUGAGAAGUUCUUUUGUUCAUUUUUUUAUUUUUAUUUUUUACCGUUUGGAUUUUGAAUGUCAUCUCUCUAGAUGUUGACGUAAGCACAGUGUGUGAUCGAGUCGGUCGAAUCUAAAUGCUGACGAACCAAAGUGACAACCUGCAGAGAUCCUAAUGUCCCUCCUGUCUUUAUCUGGGUUGAAACGACUCACGGUGUGCAAGAGAACUCUAAAGAAACUUUAGUUCCAGUUCCAGCUCUUGCCUAUACAUCUUUAAUUCGCUUUUUUUGUGUUUCACUACAUGCAGAUUUCUAAUGUCCAGUCAUCGGUUUUUUUUUUAACAGCUAUGAUCACAACAGAAAGUGUCUCUUUUCCCUUUCUGGCUCCAUUCCGUCUUUUCAUAUUUUUGAUGAUGAUUCAGUUGUAAUUACUAUAAAACAAUGGCACACAUCUUCUGUGAUAAUGUGAGGUGCAUAUGUACGAGCUACAUAUUGACCUCAGUUGUAAAUGUUGAGUUUUGAAAAUGUUUUUAAAUGUGUCCGUUAAUCAGGUUGUUUUAAAGUGACCAAGUUGUCUCUGGUGUCUGCAAACGGUCAGUAUAGUUGGAGAUGUCCGGGCUUGUGAGUUUCUGGUAUUUGUUCUUUACAGACUGAGAUGUCGGAGAUGCACUCAGCUGUGGUAUCACUAGCGGUCGCUACCAGUCGGGUGCCGUGUAAGAGUAGUGAGUGAGGAGUGAGCAGGCAGUAGAUGGCGGUAUAAAACAAUAAAAGGUGUUUUGAGAAAGUGUGUCACUUGAGUUUACAGCCAUAAGUGAGCACCCAAUCUGUAAUGCAGUUUUGCAAACUCACUCGCUUACUUUCACACAUGCAACAUGCACAAUAAAUUGGGUAACUCUAUAGUACAGUGUAUGCUCUAAGUAUCCGUUUCAUAGCACAAUUCAUCCCUAAGUAAACGCCUAGCAUAACAUUAAUAAACAAGAUUAAGUUGCGGUGUUCCCCGUCAUUGCCAAACAGUUCUAAAGCCAUUUGCACAGCUGUCCAAACACCUUCUUUUCCCGUUGUCAGGUUAACACAACACACUUUUUAAUUAACUCUGCGCAAUGAGAACAGCAUAUCUCCCCUGUGUCCAUGGUGGACAGUUGGCUGUGUGGCUCAGUGCCAACACUUUAAUUUGUGUAUGCUUGACAAGUGCACGUCUCACUUAGGAGUAUAGUUACUAGUUCCUAGUAGUACUUUAACUAGUACUAUGUAGUUAAAAAGAUCUAACUGAACACAUGAGCUUUAUUGACUUUGAAAGAAAAUAAAUAAAAUUCAAUAACUACAAACGUGAUUACAUUGCUGGUUGCUAUUAUCUACAGUAAAUGUGAGGACCACAGCCAGUGAUAAAGGACACAUACAACGAUUAGCAGGCAGAGAGCUGCAGUGUAGGUGCCAAAUGUCCCGCUUUAUUCUCUGGUUGUCACUGAAAUCAGCCUUUGGACUCUGACCGAGCCCAUGUGUACUCGUUUGUGUUCCAGUGUGUUUUUCGAUGUGUGUAUGUACAAGUGUGUUCUGCGCUGUAACUCAAGUGGUUGAAGUUGAAAUGGUUUCUUCUUCACAUGGCUGCCUUUUCUGUUGAUGACGGAAGCUGUUGGCUGAUGAGAGGGAAGCCAUCUGACAGUUUGAGUUCCAGCUGUGCCAUAAGAGCUUCGCCUCUGCUCUGCUCCGUCCCCAAUGGUCUUCCUCUGUGCUCCCAAUGACCUGAACCAACCUCACCAACAACCAUGUCAUCUGAUCUAUUGACAGAUGUGCUCAUUAUCAUUUCUAACCCGGGGCCUCCCAGUACGACCACUGCUCUCUCAAUGGCCACUGAGCAGCUCUGUGGAAGGAAAUGCAUCAAUAUGAUGCAAAGGGAGAGGAAGGAUUCAUUGAAUCCCAGGAGGCUUUUGUAUUUCCAGGACAUUCCUGCUUACCUGUUGUUCAUCAUUCUUGUUGGUCACACCUGUGACAGUUGCAGUACAAAGUCGUACAACCAGUUUAAUGUAAGAUGUUGCCAAGCUGGAGAAAGCUCCUCGUCUUUUAUGUGCACUAACACAACAUCUGUAUUUUAAACACUAUUUCAAAAUGUGCGUAUGUUCAAAAGUUAUCCUGAGCACAGAGCAUAGUUAUUUUUUAACUUAUUGUCACUGAGAGGACGGCUGCCAAUGUAUAAUCCACUCUAAUUCAAUUGAUUUCAAUGAUGCAAAAGCAAGUCUGAUAAGAGGUGUGAUGUGAGUCCUGAUACACAGAGAGGGAUUGCUCCUCAGCUGGUCCGACUCCAACACUGUUUGCUGUACAAUAACUCUCUGACAUUAAUAAAUUUCAGUUUUUCUGUUCAUUCAUGCACUUUGAGCUUUUAUUGAUCAACAAAAUACUGACAAUAAAGGAUCUAAAUAAGGAA